AUGGCAGAAGGCGGCAAAGAUUCCAGUAGAGCGGUGGCGGAAAAGUUUCUCAAGUUUAACGAUGAGGGCAAGUCUCCAUACCACGCAACAGCGGCCAUUGCCGCGAUCCUACUUGAGGACGGCUUCGUUCCCAUCCGCGAAGAGCACAAUUGGGAGGGACAGAUCAGCCCGGGGGGGAAAUGCUUUUUCACGCGUGAAGGCUCCUCGAUUAUUGCGUUUACCGUAAGCGACCAUAUCGAACCAUUUAACACGGGCUUCACCAUCCUCGGCGCACAUACCGAUUCGCCGUGCUUCAAAGUUAAGCCCGUAUCAACUAUCUCUGCACAAGGUUACUUGCAGCUCGGUGUUGAAUGUUACGGCGGCGGGUUGUGGCACACCUGGUUUGACCGGGAUCUGACGGUUGCAGGACGCGUCGUUGUUCGCGACGAAAGCACUGGCAGAUUAGAUUUUCGCCUGGUCUCUAUUCCGAGACCUAUUCUGCGCAUUCCAAACCUUGCGAUUCAUCUCUCACGCAACAUUUACACAGAUGGGUUUAAACCGAACAAGGAAUCUGAGACGACACCAAUCAUGGCUACCAAGCUUGCGGCCGCGCUCAAUGCCGCACAGCCGGAUGCAGAGUCAGAAAAGAAAAAAGGGGCAAAUGCCUCUGGUUUAGCUGAGAACCGACACUCCCCCCUGCUUUUGAAAGCUCUCGCUGAUGAACUGGAUGUGAAACCGGACUCUAUCGUCGACUUAGACUUAUGCGUGUCAGACAUGCAACCAGCAGCGAUUGGUGGGUUGCUCAACGAGUUUGUCUUCGCGCCGCGCCUCGAUAACCUUUCAUCGUGCUUCUCGGCCGCGAGAGCGUUGGUGGGCACAUCAGAGAGUACCGGUGCUAAUUUGAUUCGCAUGGUGGCAUGCUUCGACCACGAGGAGAUCGGGUCUCGUUCCUCGCACGGAGCGGAUUCUCCCCUUCUAACAGACAGCAUGAGAAGGAUCUGCAAAGCUCUCAAUGUUGACUACGACUGCGCGACGCGCCGGUCCCUUCUAGUGAGCGCAGACAUGGCCCACGCUAUUCACCCCAACUACGCGAACAAGCACGAGACAAACCACCGGCCAGCUCUUGGAAGCGGUUUGGUCCUUAAGACAAACCAGAAUCAGCGAUAUGCGACGUCCGGGAUUACUGGUUUGAUUGUACGGGAGGCUGCCAGAAGAGCAGGAGUGCAGAUUCAGGAGUUUGUGGUGCCGAACGAUAAACCAUGUGGGUCGACGAUUGGACCAAUAUUGAGUGGGGUAAGUGGGCUGAGGACAGUGGAUGUCGGGCAGGCGCAGCUGUCGAUGCAUUCAGUGAGGGAGAUGUGCGCAGUAGCAGACUUUGUGAAGGUCGAGAAAGUUUUCGAGGCCUUAUUAGUCCAUUUCAUGGAUAUUGAUGGGAGCUUAGGAGGAACAGAAAUUACGACCAACGGAUACAAGGCUUAAGGGUUGGCCUACGAAAGCUCGGAGAGACGGGGUUUGAAUCUGGGGCAACUGUAGAAUGGACUCACAACUAGCAGCAGCAGUGCGAUGGGGAUGCCUGAAACGCUUUGCUCGCGAUACUGCGCUACUCGAGGGACCGAUAAGAGUAAGGGAAUGCUUACGGCUAUUUGUUUGAUGUAUGACGAGGACAUUGUCGAAGUGGCAUCGAUGACCUCUAUGCGCGCCUUGUACUGUUAAGCUGCGCUUUUGUGAAGCUGGUGGAAGUGGUGAAAGUCAGGGAUGGGAUACACAUCUAUGAGAGCAAAGUAUAGCUUGCAAUCGAGGACUGCGUGGGGUUUUCAUCCUUCCAAAAACAGGAACAGAACCAGAUUCCAAAGGCUGUAGAAGAAAUAUAGCGCCCCCAUAAAACUUUCACGACUCCAGGUGCGAAGUGUUGAACACUUUUCAAAGCAUUGAAUGUGAAGUCUAUUCGUAA